AUUUUGAAGAAUGAUACAUGUCGCACAAUCUAGUAUUCUGCAAGUAUUCGUAAACAACAAUGAUUACAUGACCUAGAAAUUAAAAGUUAGAUAAACGAUAGGCAAUAUUUUGAUAGGACAUGCCGGAUGUAACGUUGGAAAGUGAUGAACAUGUUUGAACACUAAAGAUUUCACAGUUUCACACUCACUUGUGGAAUCCGGCAUCUAAUUCAAGUAUUUUAGUGCAUAUUGUUGUUAUUUUUUCUAUUUAUUGUUUUUUUAAAACGUUUUAAGCAAAUAUUAUUAUUUAUUUUGUAUAUCACUGAAACGUAUUAAUUAAGAAAAAGUUAUAUUAUAAGACAGUAAUUAGUACAUUUUUUAAAAUGGCACUUUCAAAACCUGCUGAAUUUUUACAAAGUUUAGUGUUGACCUAUUUGGAACGCUUAAAUUCAAGACCUAUUCGGACAAAAUCAAUUACCAGUUGUAUUAUUGCAUCACUUGGAAAUAUUACGUUACAGAAUAUUGCUGGGGCUAAGAUGAUUGACCAGGAUAGUGUUGUGGCUUUUGGAUUAUUUGGUCUCUUAUUUGGUGGGCCAGUACCACAUUUUUUUUACGAGUCAUUAGAAAGCACUUUUCCAGAAAAUUCAUCAAAAAUGGUUUUUUUAAAAUUUGGUAUUGAACGUUUAUUAUUUACACCAUUUUAUCAGUUUCUUUCUUUAUAUGUGUUGUCAAGAUUUGAGGGAAAAUCACAUGAAGAUACAAUGAAGCAAAUAUAUGCAAUUUAUUGGCCUAUACUGAAAGCAAAUUGGCAAAUUGUCUCAUUGGUACAGUUCUUUAACCUAAAAUUUGUGCCUCCAAUGUUAAGAGUGUUGUUCCAUAACAUGGUUGGUUUCUUUUGGGCUAUGUUUAUCACAUACAAAAAGCGCACGGACGAUUUCAGACGCGCAAAUACUGUUAAAUAAUCAAGAUUGAAAAAUUCUAAAAUUGAUAUGUUUAUAUUUUUUUCAUAAUGAUUUUAUUGACUAUAUAAAUUAAUUUAUCAUGUUUAAUAAUAUAUAUUUAUAGUUAAAUUUGGGAAAUGCUCAAAUUGGUGGGUGUUAAAUAAAGAUAAGACUAGAGAUCAAAGCUUUUGUGUUCAGUUUUGAAUUACAUAAUAUGUAUUUUUGUAUUUGUAGAAUAAAGUUGAUUAAAAAAUGUU